AUGGCCACUGCGCAGUUCGGGGGUAUGCAGCCGGCGGAUGUGCUAGGGGAUCUCGGGGACAUCAGCACAGGUUUCUCUUCAGUUAAGAGAACUGCUUUCCUGUUGAUCUUCUUUUCUGAGCUAGGAGACAGAACGUUCUUCAUUGCGCCGCCCUCCCUAGAGAGGCCAGAGCACUGGAUCAUAUACUUCGACGGCGCCCUCAACCUUGAAGGGGUCGGCGCUUGGGUCCUCUUCAUAUCCCCAAAAGGCAAGCAGCUCAAGUACGUUCUCCAGAUACAUUACAAGGCCACCAACAAUGGCGCCGAGUACGAGGCCCUCAUACACGGGCUCCGCAUUGCCGCCUGGCUCGGCAUUAAGCGCAUCCUCGCGUUCGGCGACUCCAAGGUUGUCAUCGAGCAGGUUAACAACUCCUGA